GCCCCCAGCCGCCAUUUCCUGUCCAGCCCUGGGCGCGUCAGGGAUUCUGGUUCACAAUGGCUGACUCUCAAGAGGAAGACUUGCAGAAGUUUCUUAAAAAUGUGGAUGAAAUCACCAGUUUAAUUCAGAAGAUGAAUUCUGAUGACCCAGUCGUACGAGAGAAAGCUGUCCUGGAGACAGAGAAGAGACUACAGUUUACAGAGGGAGACCAAGAGGAGGACGAAUGCAGGACCACCAUCAACAAGACCAGGAUCAGCCCCCCACAGGCUCCCGCGAAGAAUGCAGAUGAAACAAACUCAGAGGCCUUCUUGGCAUCUAUGGAGAAGGAUGCAAAGGAACGUGCCAAAAGAAGAAGGGAAAACAAAGUCUUAGCAGACGCCCUCAAAGAGAAGGGGAAUGAAGCAUUUGUCAGAGGUGAUUACGAAACGGCCAUCCUGUGCUACAGCGAGGGUUUGGAGAAACUGAAGGACAUGAAAGUGUUGUACACCAACCGAGCCCAGGCUUACAUCAAACUUGGGGACUACCGGAAGGCACUGGUGGACUGUGACUGGGCUCUGAAGUGUGAUGAAAAAUGCACAAAAGCAUAUUUCCACAUGGGAAAAGCCCACCUGGCCCUGAAGAACUACAGUGUGUCUCGCGAGUGUUAUCAGAAGAUCUUAGAAAUAAACCCCCAGCUGCAGACACAGGUGAAAGGUUACCUGAAUCAGGUAAAUCUUCGGGAGAAGGCAGACCUUCAAGAGAAGGAAGCCCAGGAAUCGCUGGACUCGGGAAAGAACACAGCCGUCACAACCAAGAAUCUCCUGGAGACUCUUUCCAAGCCUGAUCAGAUCCCCCUGUUCUAUGCAGGGGGGAUGGAAAUCCUGACUGAAAUGAUGAAGGACUCCACCGAACGAACUUUAUUCAGAACACACAAUGGAUUCCGUAUCAUCAGUGAGAAUGAGGUCCUAAGAAGGUGCUUUUCCACAGCUGGGAAAGAUGCCGUGGAAGAGACAGUAUGUGUGUCUGUUCUCAGGCUCUGGCAGGCCGUGUGCAGUGAGAACGAGGAAAACCAGCGUCUGCUUGUGAUGCACCCCAGCUCGGGCCAGCUGCUGCCCUCCCUCUUGGCCUCCAGGGUCCUGACCAUCCGGCAGCAGAGCCUGGCCCUGCUGCUGCAGCUGGCCCAGACAGAGAACGGACGGAUCCUGAUCAUCGGCCACCUUGACCUGACCCGGUUGUUGGAAGCCCUGGUGUCAUUUCUUGAUUUCUCAGAUAAGAAGGCCAGCUCAGCCAUGGGACUGCUCACAGGCUUGUCUCAGGAAAAGAGAUUCCAAGUCUGGUUCCAGGCCAGCCUCCCAGGAGCUCUCCCGGCACUGACGGGCGUUCUGAAGCGAGAUCCCAGGGUCACCAACACCUCCGCUCUCUGCCAGUGCAUUGCCAUCAUGGGAAACCUCAGUGCUGAGGCUGCCACCCGAAGACAGAUGUCUGCCUCUGAAGAAUUUGGGGACGCCUGCUUGGACCUCUUGGCCAAGUGUGAGGAGGAUGUGGACCUGUUCAGAGAGGUCAUAUAUACCCUUCUGGGGCUCCUGAUGAACUUGUGUCUUCAGUCGCCUGUUGUCUCUGAGGUUUGGGCCAUGCAGGUGAGCCGGAAGUGCCUGUCUCUACUGAACGGCCAGGAUGGAGGCAUCCUGACAAGAGCUGCCGGCGUUCUCAGUCGUACCCUUUCUUUCUCCUUGAAAAUCAUUGAGGAGGCUCUAAGGGCAGGAGUGGUGAAGAAGAUGAUUAAGUUCCUGAAGGCGGGAGGCGAGACUGCAUCACGUUAUGCUGUCAAGAUACUCGCCAUCUGCACCAAUAGUUAUCACGAAGCUCGAGAAGAAGUGAUAAGAGUCGAUAAAAAGCUCAGCAUUCUGAUGAAGCUGCUCCACUCGGAGGAUGAGACUGUGGUGGGCAACGCUGCCCUCUGCCUGGGGAACUGCAUGGAGGUGCCGCUGGCAGCCUCCUCCCUGCUGAAUACAGACAUCGUGCAGGUCUUGCUGAAGCUGGCGGGCAGCGAUGCGCAAAAGACGGACGUCCAGCUCAACGCGGGCAUCGCCCUGGGGAAGCUGUGCACAGCCGAGCCCAGGUUUACCUCUCUCCUGAGAGAGCUUCACGGGAUGGAAAUUCUCAGCUCCACCAUGAAGUAUAUGAAUGAUUCCUGAGAGACGUGGUGGCCAUGAGUGUUUGGCAGACACACAGCUGUAUGCUCUGGGUUGUUCCUGUGCUGAUAAAGACUUCUGGAAUA